AUGGUGGUCCACGCGCGCCUUCGCUGGCUGCGCGAUCAGGUCGUCGCUGGAGUCGCCGCGCACCUCACCUUCGGCGCCGCCGCCAUCGAGGGCCGCGGGAAGGUCAAGGUGGUCCUCGACCCCGCGCGGCCGCGCACGUCGCCCACGGCGCGGGCCGUGCUUCUCAGCGCCCUGACGUCCCUCGAGGAGCAGGCUGGUAACGCUGUCGUGGUGGACCGCGGCCACCGCUUCUCCGACGGCCGCACGGAGGUCUGCUUCUGGCUGGAUUUCAUGCUGCUCGUGUCGAUGGCCAUGCCGAUGUCCGUCUUCCUGGUGCUGGUGCAGUACAUGCUGCUGGUGUCGUCGGCCAUGCCGAUGCCCGCGCUGGUUCAGUUCAGGCUGCUGGUGUCGACGGCCAUGCCGAUGCUCGCCUUUCUGGAGUUCAUGCUGCUCGUGUCGACGGCCAUGCCUAUGCUCGCCUUCCGGGUGCUGGUGCAGUACAUGCUGCUGGUGUCGACGGCCAUGCCGAUGCCCGCGCUGGUUCAGUUCAUGCUGCCGGUGUCGACGGCCAUGCAGAGGCUCGCCUUCUUGGAGUUAAUGCUACUGCCCCGGCCGUCGCUGGUCUCCCCGGAGGUGGCGAUUCUCCGGUUGGCCGUGUGCCUGGCGCCGCCGCGCAUCCUGGUGUCGUGGCUCCCGCGGGGCCCCUGCGUGGAGUAUCUGCCCCAGAUGCGGUGGAGGCGGCUUCGGAGCCAGCAGCGCGGCCUGACGCUGGAGUCCCUGUGCCUGUACCUGUCUUUCCUUCAGUGA